AUGAACCAAGCCCGACCUCGCUAUGUCGUCGACCGGGCUGCGUAUUCUGUCAACUUCUUCGAUGAAGAGUUUGAGAAGAAAAAGAGAAGUUACCCGCUUGGGGAAAAAGUCAAGAACCUUUUCAGAUGUUCAUCGUCCAGAUUCAAAGUCAUCAUCUACAGUCUGUUUCCAAUACUCGUCUGGCUCCCCAAAUAUAAAUUUAAAGACUACAUUGUGCCCGAUGUCCUCGGGGGAAUCAGUGCGGGGACAAUACAAGUGCCACAAGGGAUGGCCUUUGCGCUGCUUGCCAAUCUGCCUCCCAUCAAUGGACUCUACUCCUCCUUCUUCCCUUUGAUACCCUACUUCAUCCUAGGUGGCGUCCACCAGAUGGUCCCAGGCACAUUUGCUGUCAUCAGCAUUAUUGUUGGGAGCGUCUGCCAUGAUCUGGCUCCUGAAUCCGAUUUCCAAUACUUUAACCAUACCACCAAUGAGAUAAACAUCAACAACACAGCCAUGGAGGCAGCCAGACUGGAGAUCUCCGCCACAUUAGCCUGUCUGACAGCCAUCAUACAAAUCUGUCUGGGAUUUGUGCAGUUUGGCUUCGUUGCCAUCUACCUCUCCGAAUCCUUCAUCCGGGGCUUCAUGACUGCAGCAGGGCUCCAGAUCCUCAUCUCGGUGCUCAAAUAUGUCUUUGGCUUGACAGUCCCUGCCUACACUGGGCCCUUGGCCAUCGUCUAUACAUUCAUUGAUAUUUGCAAAAAUCUCCCCAAGACCAACGUGGCCUCCUUGAUCUUCGCCCUGAUCAGCACUGUGCUCCUGAUUAUUGUGAAAGAGCUCAACAUGAAAUACAUGAAGAAGAUCCGGGUGCCCAUCCCCAUGGAGAUCAUCAUAGUCAUAGUAGCUACUGCGGUCUCCGGCUGUUUGAACAUGCCUGAGAAAUACGACAUGCCAGUCGUUGGGAAGAUUAAGAUGGGCUUCCCGGUCCCCACACUCCCACUGGUGAGCAAGUGGAAAGAUAUGAUUGGCACAGCUUUCUCACUUGCCAUUGUGGGCUACGUGAUCAACCUGGCCAUGGGACGCACCCUGGGAACCAAACAUGGCUAUGACGUAGACCCCAACCAGGAAAUGCUUGCCCUGGGCUGCAGUAACUUCUUUGGAUCCUUUUUCAAAAUCCAUGUGAUCUGCUGUGCUCUGUCUGUAACCCUAGCUGUGGACGGGGCUGGAGGAAAAUCUCAGGUGGCAAGUUUCUUUGUAGCGCUGGUGGUUAUGAUAACCAUGCUGGCUUUGGGAAUCUACCUCGACCCCCUUCCAAAGGCUGUGCUGGGAGCCCUGAUAGCAGUGAACCUGAAAAACUCCCUCAAGCAGCUGGCUGAUCCCUUCUACCUGUGGAAGAAAAGCAAGCUGGACUGUUUGGUCUGGGUGGUGAGUUUCCUGUCAGCUUUCUUCUUGAGCCUGCCGUUCGGACUCGCUGUCGGAGUGGGAUUUUCUGUGCUGGUAGUGGUUUUCCACACUCAGUUUCGUAACGGCUCUGCCUUGGGUCAGGUAACUUCCACCGACAUUUACAAGAACCCCAAAACCUAUAAUAAGGUCCAUGAAAUUGAUGGGAUUAAAAUUGUGACCUACUGCUCCCCACUGUACUUUGCCAACUCAGAGAUAUUCAGGGAGAAGGUUAUAGCGAAGACUGGGGUAGACCCCAGCAAAGUGUACUUAGCCAGGAAAAAAUAUGUGAAACACCAGGAGAAGAAGGCGGCAUCACAAAAAACAACGAAGCUGCAAAAAUUGUUCUUUGGGAACAAGAAGACCUUGUCAGUGCAAGAGCUCCAGAAAGAUUUUGAAAGCACCUCUCCGACGGACACGAACAAUAAUCAAACAACUGCCAACGGCACCAGCAUCUCCUACAUCACAUUCCACCCCCCUGCAAACAAUGCCGGGCAGGUCCAUACCUCAAGUGAACAGGGCAGCAUCUCGAGCCAUCGGGGCAGCACUUGCAGUGUUAUCCCAGCUGCAAACGUCGACCCAAUGAUCACAGCACCACCCUAUGUCAGCUUCCACACCAUUAUCCUGGACAUGAGUGGAGUGUGCUUCGUGGAUCUGAUGGGCACAAAAGCUCUGGGGAAGCUGUGUUCCAGCUAUCAAAAGAUUGGGAUUAAAGUCUUCCUGGCAAACGUGCAUGCCCAGGUGUACCAUGACAUUAGCACAGGCGGAGUCUUCGAAGAAGGGGGCCUGGACCCAAGUCACAUCUUCUUGACCAUCCACGAUGCUGUUCUGUUUGCGCUGGCAAAUGCCAAAGGAGUCUUCCGUCCUCCUGGUUUAGAAGAGAGACCAAGUCAGACAGAGCUCUCUAUCUAUGACGAAUCUGUGGAUGAAAGCAGUGCAGAAUUCAAGAACUUGGAGGAGGAGAUGUUUGGAACCAUGUUCCGGUCGGAGGCCCAGACAGCGCUGUGAGUCCCUGGGGGAAUGUUAAAGUGCCGGCAAAGCCUCCGGAACUGACUAUUCUCACAUAUUCCUUUAUGAAGACGCUUCCCCUGUCUGAGUGGUGCGCAGAGCAGCCUUUCUGUGCUUCCAACUCGGGGUAGCAGUGAGUUUGCGAGGCAAGGGGCCAUCACACCUCUCCUCCCGAUA